AUGAGCUUCCACCCGCUUCCUUACGCCAAGCGUAACAAGAUCACUUCUGGCAAGCCGACGCUUGACCCGUCUGCACCUCGAGAAGCCUCCUUCCACCACUUUCAGCAUCAGCACCGCGAAGCCGAUCGUCGCCAGACCUCGAGUUCAGCAGCUGACAAGGCCUCGGGCAGUUCACCCAGUCGGUCCAGCCAACGUACACGCAACAAGGGGAGCUCCAAUUGGUCCAGGUCGAGCCAACCGAUCUAUGGGAACUACGUCAACUACUACACCAAGCGCGAUGGUGGACAGUUGACGCUGCUCGAUCCUCGAUUGGCGUUGUGUGACCCGAGCUGGUUCACCGACAAGCGCGUGUUGGAUGUGGGGUGCAACGCAGGAAAAGUGACGAUUGAGGUAGGGCAUCACUUUCAGGCGAGGAGCGUGACGGGCGUCGAUAUCGACCCUCAGUUGAUCAAGCAGAGUGAACGAGCUCGUAAGUUUCGUCAUUGCACAACAGUACGGCUCGUUGCAACAUCAACAGGCCUUUACCCUCGUGUCCAAUCUUUCACAGUCGACUUGGCAUGGUCAAGACAAAGCCCUCUGGCUGGAUUGAUCGAGAAAGCAUCGGAGCACCACCUCAUUCCGAACCACUCGAACCGACCGGCACCCCCGGCCAAACCCGACCCCCGCCAUUUCCCUCUCUCAAUGCCACGCAUGCUCGGCUUCCUCCCCGUACCUCGAGAUCAUCUCAUCGAAUGGGUGGAACAGUCCGUAGAGCACCUAAGCGGUGCGGCUCGAGGUCGAGGGCAAGAGCAAGAGGACGAUGGCCGGAGAGGGAAACGGAGAAAGAUGGCCCCUCCGAAAGAGGUUAGGACGUUCCCGACGAAUGUCAGGUUCAGGACCGCGGAUUGGCCCGUCGAUGGCGCCGAUGAGGACAGAAAAGGGUACGAUACGAUACUUGCGUAAGUCAAGCUCUUCUUCGCCGCGCCUUCACGAACGCCGGUUGACCCAAACAAGCCCUAUCUGAUAGCUUUUCGGUCACCAAAUGGAUCCACCUGCACACACUCAAUUCGGGGCUGCUCGCCUUCUUCACUCGAUGCUACAACGCUCUUCUACCCGGAGGAAGACUCAUUCUAGAACCGCAGCCUUUCUCAUCCUACGCCCCCAGCGCGCGUUACGUUGACGAGUUGAAAGCCAAUCUGCAGCUCAUGAAGGAGGAAGGGGAAUUUCGAGGUUGGAGAGCGGAGGACGGGGAUUUCGAAAAGGUCUUGUUGGGACAGAUCGGAUUUGAGAGGGUCGAUAAGUUGGGUGAUACGAGCAAGGAUGGUUAGUUUCGGUCUGGAUAGGACGGCACCGACGAGUUCGGUGGAACUGACAUUUGACCUCGGCACAUAAAACAGGCUUCAGGCGACCGAUCGAGGUGUAUGUCAAGUCUGGAGGGAGCUGGCUGUAG